AUGUCGCAGCACAAUCACAAUCACCCUCAUCAACCAGCACCGAGCGGCGGUACCAGCUCACACAAAUCGCAUUCACAUCCACGUCCAAUAUCUCACAGUCAUCAUCACGAUCAGCGCCAUGCAGAAGAAUCUGUCGAUGUGGAAGAAGCAGCAACGAGAAGACGAUUGAAGGGCAAGCAGAAAGCGGAUUCGAGUCAUACGCCGAAUACGAACUUAGCGAGUGUCAAGCAAGGUACUGGGACACCUGAUGAACCCCUCUCUGCAAUGUUGGAUGAAGCUUUACAUACCUCCAUAUCCCCACCUCGAUCUCCAGCUUCCUUGCCAUCAAGUGUAGAUUCUACAUUCGAUGGAAAACUCUCUAUGAUAGCUGAACCACCUUUGGCUCACCAUCAUGCGCCUGUUCGACCCCAUGCUCCUCCGAGAUUACUCUCCCAACUCACCCGAUCUACUUUGCCUACAUCAAGUUUGACAUUCGAGUAUCGGAACAGACAGAGGAAGGCUUCAGUUAGUAUACCGAGAGAAGGAGAAUCAUCGACAGCGUGGCAAAGGUCCAGUCCAACUACUGCAAUAUGCGAUGAACCAUUUCCAGAUUUAGAUCCUACCACUGGAUUACCCAUCAAUCAAUCUCGACAUCGAAGAGACUCUUCUUCCUCGGAUGCUCCAUCUUUACAUCUUCAAAGAACUAUAACGGGACUGUUGAAUACCCCACCUAGGAAAUCAACCGAAUCCAACAGUCUCAUACCGUCCAUGCCAUCAUUACCGAAUCUGAACCUUUCGUUACCCAGAGUAUCAUUGCCUUCUGCACCUUCUUUGGACUUCAGGAGGAAUUUAUCGACUAGCGGCACGCAGGAAGAUUGGUCUAGCUGGGCAACGGGAUGGUGGAGUGGGAACAAAGGAAGGGUAGAUGAGAUGAUGAGUGAGGAAGAUAGGGCUGAUACGGUUGAGGAGGAGAAGGAGAAAUUGAGGAAGAAAUACAAAUCUCCUCAGAAUCCUGUAGUAUUCUGCCAUGGCUUAUUAGGCUUUGACUACCUCGGACCUGCAAAUCUACCAACAUUGCAGAUAUCGCACUGGCGAGGUAUACGAGAAGUACUAGAAUCUAAUGGAACGGAAGUGCUUAUUGCUAGAGUGCCAGCUACUUCAUCUAUCAAGGAUCGAGCGAAGAUACUAGAAGAAGUGAUAUCUGAGAAGUAUCCUGGUAGAGAGGUCAACUUGGUAGGACACAGUAUGGGAGGAUUGGAUUGUCGAUACCUCAUCUCCGAGCUAAAACCCAAAGCCUUUCGACCAAUAUCCCUCACGACCAUCUCCACACCACAUCGAGGAUCUCCCUUUGCAGAUUAUGUUAUCGACAAUGUUAUAGGGAGAGAUCGUCUACCUACUAUGUUAUCGUUGAUUGAGACAUUGAGAUUACCGCAUACAGGAGAUGGGACUGCCUUCUCAGCGCUGGGGACUCACGCGAUGAAAGAGUUCAAUGCUCAAGUGCUGGAUAGGGAAGAUGUCAGUUAUUAUUCUUGGGGUGCGAGUGUCGAACCAGGUCUAUUCGAUACUUUCCGCUGGCCACACAGUGUAAUUCUAGCGAAAGAAGGUCCGAAUGAUGGGUUGGUUUCGGUACAUAGUGCGAUGUGGGGUGAAUAUAGAGGAACAUUGGUGGGAGUAAAUCAUCUGGAUUUAGUCGGCUGGGUCAAUACAGUCAGAUAUACAUUAGCUGGAUGGACAGGUAAACCAAUAGCUUUUAAACCAGCUACGUUCUACCUCGAAGUGGCCGAUUAUUUAGCUGAACAAGGAUUCUGA